CUCACGAUCACCUACUAAAUAUGCCACCUCCAUACGAAAAUGAGGAAGGUAGGAUAAUAGGAAUAGGCGAGCAAGACAGCGAUGAUUCAGAUGAAUCGCUUAUGAGUGAUGACGAUCACGAUCCCAUCAAAAGUACAUCAGUAGCCGCAAAAGGUACAUUUAGAAUCGCACAAUUAGGUGAUUCACUGCCUAAUUCCGCACACGAUUGUAUACUCUUACAAAGGAUAGAAUCGUGUAAAGAAUGUCAGUCGCUCUCUUCGCUCUUGCAAGCGCAUAUCGAUUUGGAUGAUCUACGGGAAGGAAGACAAUCACAAGAACUAUGGCAAGGCGUUUGGUUAUUCCUUAAGAAAUAUUCCAACUCAGAAGAAGAUGUCUUGAAUGACGUUAGAAGAGAUUUCAGAAGAAGACAAGCAACUUUUCCUCAAGCUAUAUUCACCCAUAGUGUCGUUCGGUUGCAAGCUAGGCUGGAUAGGCUCUUUUUACAAGAGACCGACGAUCAAGAUCAGAUCAAUAUACCAUCCCUUCGCUCUCCGGCUUAUACAUCACGUUUAUCACAACCAGAGAGGAAAUCCUUCAAUGCAUGCUUACAGUUAUGGCGAAAAACAUUCAGAGGGAAUAACGAGCUCUUCUCUCGCUCAUCUACCUCACGUUGGGCAACGUGCGUGGAAAUAUCUGCACUAUGCGGUAGAGGUCGUGAUGAAUUGGUAUAUUGCGCAAGUGUUGGACAAGAUUGGCCUAAAGAAGAACGAGAGCCAUAUUUGGUAACGAAUAGUUGGUAUGAUUUAAUGAUUUGUUGUACCUCUAUCCUUCAAUGGAAACAAGCAAUAAUAACACUCAUACCGCAAUUACCUUCAUUACGACGUUGUUAUAUUCAAUCACACGAUCAAAAAGUCGCAAAUGCAAGAGCUUUAAUGGCUCCUUUACCUCAAUGUGUUUAUUCAACAGAUAUCAAGUUCUUCGGCAUGGGUGAUAAUUGGGAAGUACGGAACACUGCUACGCUUGAUUCAUUAAGCAUUUGCAAUAUUUUGAUCUCACAAAAGCCGCAAGGAAAGGCAAGAGAGAUAAGAACGAUGUCAUCUUUAUUAGGAAUUGCUGCAAUGGCCGUUCAAAUGGAUGAAGGUAACGUCCAGCUAGAGAAGCUCCCACACCAUCUCCGACAUAUCGCCCAACAUUCGUAUAGAUGUGUCUCCUGUCGUACCAUCAUCACUCCGCCAUCUCAACUUGAUGAAAAGAUGUUAUCUUCCGAUUUCCAACGUGCUGCUUCUUCGGCCGGGUUCAACUUAACACACACGUACGAAAGCAGCUUGAUCGCAUCUAUCAAAUCAGGUUCACAUUGGCUUCCACCUUUUGAUGAAACCGUUGGCUUCUUACACGAUAGCCUAGACGGAUUCUCAUAUAACCCCUUUUGGCUUAAAGCAAGAACUGAACCGAAAUCUGAUCCGCGAAGUACUUUAAAGAAACGUGGUUGGCAAUGGAUGAAGAUCGGAGGAUAUUACCCAAGUCAAGAGAAGGCACUUGGACAACAGAACAACAAUCUUAACCACUCUGAAGAAGCACUCCAGUGGAGGUUUUGCUUACCUUGUGGCGCUUCACAUUUAUGGGUAAAGGGGUACGGAGGCAGCUGUCAUUGCUCGAUCUGUGUACUGGAAAAGCAAUUAUUGGAUGGAAAGAGAAAAACAAGAUGGCUACGUUAUGUUUAUUCCGAUACGCCACCACCUUAAUAGUGUAAUUUUAAUCAUGAUGUAUAUUAUGCAAUAGAAACAAGGAGAACGAAGCUACUUAAUUAG